UAUACGGACGUCACACGAAGCGUAAACUUUGGCGUAAACUGAAUUUCAGCCAUACAACCCUAUAAUCUUUUGACAGGAAGUUUACGCUCUCCCAUACAAAUCAAGCGUAAACUUUUUGAGUUUACGCCUCGUGUGACGUCCGUAUUACAUUAUUACAUUACAUUACGUCAGUAUCGACCUCGUUCCUACACAGUCCUUGAUACGACCCCAGCAAAUUACAUUUUCCUCCGAGCGCGAUGUCAACAACAACUGACAGUUGGUCGUUGGGCACAUUGUACAACGGCAGCAACGGGCAGUUCGCACACAAACAGCCGUUCAAAAUCUUCUUCGCCCGCGACACACACACACACACACACACUGUUUACGUUAACCGCACCAAAUUGGCGCGGGCUUGUUUGACUCUUGCCGUGGCGGAAAAUUAAGCUCCAACAAGCACCAACAUGAACACGGCGGACGACGGGCUCGACGAAAUUGUCAGCUUCCUGCUGGUGGACAAGCUGUCCCGGGUGCGCUGGCUGCCGAACCAGACGGAGGACGAGCACUUCUUCGUGACCGGCAGCUGGGGCGAGCGGGUGAACACGGUCCGGCUGUGGAAUCUGGUGCACGACCGGCUGACCGACGAGGACGACACCGGCGUGCCGCUCGUGCCGCAGCCGACCGCCAAGUUUGGCGUGACGGGUGACAUCGUCGGGCUGGAGUUUCUCGACGACAAGCAUCUGGCGGCGGUCACCUCGGAAGGAACGCUGAGCGUGCUGGAUCUGAACCGCGAGUCGCGGCUGUCGUACGACUUCACCCACACGUACAACCUGCACGAUCUGCACACGAACGGCGGGGUGCGGUCGGCCUGUACCGGCGUGUCCGCCUUCGACCAGUACCUGGUGACCGGGGGCGAGGAUGGCACCGUGAACAUGGUGGCGGGCGAUGCGGGCAAGGUGAUCCGGACGAUCCGCGACCCGGACGGUGGCGCGGUCCAGUGCGUCUCCUUCAUCUACCCGGAUCUGGUCAUCGUCGGCCAGCAGUACGGCGUGAUCGACUGCUACGACACGCGGGACGAGAGCAGCAAGCCGGUGUUCAGCGUCGAGACGUGCGUCGAGGAGGACCGGGACCUGAACAAGCCGACCUGCAUCAACCACUUUCCCAAGAACAAGCAGGUGGUGGCAAUCGGGCUCGAGAGUGGCACGAUCAUCCUGUGGGACAUCCGGAAGCCGUACGGUGCGUCGGCGCUGUGCGACGCCCACACCACCCCCGUCACGGACAUCCAGUUCGCGAAGGAGGAGCAGGACCUGAUGGUCAGCGCGGACAUGGCCGGGCUCGUCACGCAGUGGACGCUCAACAGCUCCUCAUCCCUGGUGGAGUACUUCAUCCAGAGCCGGCGGUUCCGCCUGAAGGAGUUCAAGCCGAUCAACGCGAUCGACAUGAACGUGCGGCACAUGAUCUGCGGGGGCGACGCGGAAAUGCUCUACCUGUUGGACAUGAUGGAGUGAAUCCUGCGUCCAUUCCCUUCUGUUUUAUUCCCCGUUUUACAUGUCCCCCCAGUUUCAGUUAAACAUAAGAAGAAAAAUGCAGCAAUGUUUCAUGAUUUGAUCCCGAAGCGUGA